AUGCCUUGCUUAUAUAUCUGCGGUGAAUGUGGUGCUGAACACGAAAUUAAACCAAAAGAACCAGUUAAAUGCAAAGAUUGCACCUAUCGUAUUAUGUACAAAAAGAGAACUGAUAAAAGUAUAUAUAUAUAUCUAAUAAUUUUGAUUCACCAUUUUUCAAAUAUGAUUUAA